ACUUUGCAACCUAGGAAACAAUGGCCAUGGUUCAGAUCCAAAGUCUAAGUACUUCUGGUGCAGCACUAAAAUUGCCUUGUGCAGUCUUGGCCCUGCCCUGGUCCUAGAAAGCCUGCACGCAGUAGUUAGUGUGGUCUCCGGGGCGGUCUUCCAUACAGCUUCUCUCCAGGAUGGCAGAACAAGAUGAAGAGACUUCAGUGGAGUCCCCGUGUCCUCAAACACCCGCCGUGGAGACAAAAGGGCGCUGUGCGUGUUCACCGAUGUCUGUUUCUGUGGAGCCAGUACUUUUCCUAUCUAUGUUUGCCAUAAGUUUACAAGGCCCCCUCACGACGCAAUAUUUGUGGGAAAGACUGAGCGAGGAUGUCGGGUACAACGGCACCCGGGAGCAGGGCUGUAUGAACGGCUCACAGGAUGCAUUACAGCAGGAGGUGCAAACAUUGACAUCUCACUGGAAUCUUUACAUCAAUGUAGGAGGAAUAAUAGCUAGUCUUUUCUCUGUUACCCUUCUGGGACCCUGGAGUGACCAUGUUGGACGUCGACCAUUGUUAAUUUUUCCAUCAAUUGGCCUGACUCUACAAACUGUUGUUUAUCUUAUCGUGAUGUACAAGAAGUUCCACGUUGGCUAUUUUCUCAUUGGUCGAAUUCUGAGUGGUCUUUUAGGAGAUUUUAAUGCUAUCCUUGCAAGCUGCUUUUCAUACAUUGCAGACAUCAGUGACAAAAGGUCCAGGACUUUCCGUGUGGCAAUUUUAGAGUCCUGCCUUGGUGUAGCUGGUAUGUUAGCCAACAUUAUUGGUGGACAAUGGCGCAAAACUCAAGGCUACCUUAAUCCAUUUUGGUUGGCAUUUGCAGUAAACAUUGCUGCUAUUUUUUACUCAGUUUUCUGUGUCAAAGAAUCGGUGGUGUCAGCUAGAACUGCUAAGCUUUUUACAACUGAACAUUAUCGAUCAUUGUUCAGGCUGUAUAGCACGCCUGGGGAAGAUGGGCGUAGAAUGAAAUUGUGGCUUCUUUCCUUGUGUUUUUUUGUUGUUGUUACUGCCCAUUUUGGAAUGAAGGAUGUUGUUGUAAUUUAUGAACUGGCCUCACCAUUGUGCUGGACUUCAGAGUUGAUUGGCUAUGGUUCAGCAAUGGAACACCUUUCUUAUCUGAGCAGUUUAUUGGGACUGCGGGGUCUCCAAAUGUGCCUGGAAGAUACAUGGGUUGCAGAGAUUGGCCUUCUGUCCAGUAUCGUGGGAUUGGUGGUAUUUUCUUUUGCUACUACAACUGCUCUGAUGUUCACAGGCUAUGGCUUACGGUUCCUCUCUAUGGCAACAACACCGGUUAUACGAUCAAAGUUGUCAAAGCAGGUAGAUGCAACAGAGCAAGGUAAGUGGGUUUUGUUUCAUUCCAAUUCUCUUUAA